AUCAAAGGCAGAUCUUGAUCAAGAUUCUAUAUUUCUGGCUUUUUAGUUUGGUACUCAGGAACUGCUGCCUAUUGGCGAGUAGGGCUGCGACUCAAAUUUGUGCUAGAUAUAUUAAUGGUUUACUCUACUCAUGCAUGGGAGGUUUAACUAUCCAAAUCUGCUCUAUAGUGCUAUGAACUGCCGCUAUGUAUUGUUUUUCAAUGCCCAUUACAUUUUGGAUAAUUAGUGGUCAGCUGUCUACCCUCACCCUGUACUCUCAAAUAUUCAUCAUAGUGAAGAAUAUCUCUUAAGCUGAGAAGCCAACUGUGUCGUCAUGUACAUUUUGGAUCAAGGUUCAUGGAAAGGGAGGUUUAACUAUCCAAAUCUGCUCUGUAGUGCUAUGAACUGCCGCUAUGUAUUGUUUUUCAAUGCCCAUUACAUUUUGGAUGAUUAGUGGUCAGCUGUCUACCCUCACCCUGUACUCUCAAAUAUUCAUCAUAGUGAAGAAUAUCUCUUAAGCUGAGAAGCCAACUGUGUCGUCAUGUACACUUUGGAUCAAGGUUCAUGGAAAGCCAACUCAUCUGCUGCAUCCACCAAAGUGCAUUAAAGCAAAGACUACUUGAUAUGGAGGACAUGCACAAAAUGUGCAACUAUUACUGCUAGAUCACAGCCUGACAGAAUGUGGUCUAGAAAGAAACAAAAAAUUGUCAUUUCUGUUAUAGAAAUAAAAUCAAAAGAAUCUAGCAACAUGGGGGAGGGGCCUUCUGAAGAAUUAAAAGAUUCACUAAGACAAGCAAGUGCUUACGUGGACAAUUGUCAGUAUGAAGAUGCUUUUGUACUUCUGGAGAAGCUUGAACAGCAGUUUCCUGGCAUUAAAGAUGUUUCUGAGCUUGUAUCUGUAGCUGAAAUUUGCUUUGCUGCAACUAAGACAUCUUGUUCCUGCACAAAGCCACAGAAAUCAAAGACCCUUGAUUGGUAUGUCAUUUUGAAGGUAGAGGAGAAUGCAGAAAUUGAUGUGAUACGAAGAAGAUACCGCCGACUUGCAUUGUUACUUCAUCCAGACAAGAACAAACAUCCAAAAGCAGAGGCUGCAUUCAAACUUGUUUCUGAGGCUUACGCAUGUCUGUCUGACAAAAAAAAACGAGCACUGUACAACGUAGAAAGGUCAAAACUAAGCUGUAAGAGAUGCUCACAAAAAGUGCAGAAUUCAAAAGGUACCUUUGGAUCAUCAACUUCUGAUCAGGUUGAACAUGAGCAGAAAUAUUCAAAAACAUGGAGGCUUUUUGUGGAAAAGGAUGCAACGUAUUCUGACAGAAUGUCUGAUGAGGAAAAACUCCAAAUGUUCCGGGAAAGAGCUAGAGUGAGAGUUGAUUCAACAGCUCAGGCAUGGCAAGAACGACGAGCUAGAUUUAAAGAGGAGUUCCAUAUUGUGAACAAUGCUUUUCAGUCCAAUAGAGUGGAAAGAAAAGAAUUUCCCACGUUUGAUGCAAAUGAAUGCUUGUUUCCUAGCUAUCCACAUCUAAGAAUGCCAAUGGAGAUGAAAACAAGCACAGAUAUUCCCAUUUUCAAGAAUUCAGAAGACAGGUUCUUCUGCUAUAACCAAGAGAGAAAUGAAUCUACAUAUGAAGUAAGAGGUCGUUACAGAAGAGAGAAGUUAGAAACACCAAUCUAUGAAGAGUCAACAAGCAAGAAGGUCCCUUUCUCUGUAUUCAAGAAAAAUAUCCUUCGUAAAGAUGUGAAAGAAAUUCUCAAGGAAAGAAAGUCAUUUUGCAGGGAGUCUUCCAGUAGUCCACGAAACUUAGAUGGACUGUUCCGGAAGUUGCAAGCAGAGAGUGGUUCUGAUGCACGACAUGGAUUUUUCCGUGACUCUGACAUUUUUAGAAAAUACAAAAUGGAUGACAAUAAAAACUCUAUCAAUGUAAAAAAUAAGUAUCACAAAAGGGGUACAGAGAUCUCAGAUACAGAUGAGGAAAGCGAAGAGACCUUUGAUUGGUAUGAUAAUUCUUGUAAGAGUAGUGGCCUACAUUGUGCUGUUGAGGAUGAAUUCAAUUUGGUGAAGAAGAAGCUGCAAGAAGAGUCUGAGUUCAAUCUACAAAGAAAAGAUUUUUAUUGCUUUCCAGAAGGAUGUGAUAGAUCAUUCAAGGGUGCAGGUAAUGUGGGUUGUGAGGAGAAUGUAAGGAAGUCAGAAGAAUUGUUAAAGACUUUGGGACAUUUGAGGGAGGAGGCAAAAGAUGUGGCUGCAACACUUGAUGAGCUUAGGAAGAGUGUGGGGUCAGAGGAGGAUCAUGGUGUUCGCAACCUUUUCUGUCAGAAAUUUCCAGUUGCAGCAGAAUCCUAGUUAUAUUAUUUCCUAAUUUUCUUUUCUUUAAUCCAUUAUGUACUUGCCUCUGUGCUCAACUAAAAUGCUCUUAACUUCAACGUUUAUAGGACAUUGAUCAUUUUAUCAUUUUGUUCAAUAUUACCUUGUAGUAAAUGCAAUCGAGAUAUUCCAUCAUAUAGGCAAGUAGAUUUCAAGUAAGGCUUGAUAAAAGUUUCAAAAUAUAGAAGAAUAUAUGGGAGCUUUGCAGAGAA